AUGUCAGCAACGCACCAAUUCCGUGACAAAGUCAUUGCCGUGACGGGUGCCGCCUCGGGCAUAGGACUCGCUACUGCUCACCUUCUUGCAAGCCGAGGCGCCAAGCUUUCGUUGGCAGACAUCAACGCAGAAGGCCUUCGAGAAGCUCAGUCCGACAUCCAAGCUCGACACACCGAAGCUGAGGUCAUCACAUCAGCCGUAGACGUCACAGACUACGACCAGGUGGAGAAAUGGACAGCAAACACGAUUGAACACUUCGGCAGACUCGAUGGCGCAGCUAACCUCGCCGGCGUGAUUCCAAAGUCCGUUGGGAAAAAGGGGCUGGCGGAUCAGGAUCUCGACGAGUGGGAGUUUGUAAUGGGAGUCAACCUCAAGGGCGUGAUGCAUUGUCUUAAGGCGCAGCUAUCCAUGAUUCAGGACAAUGGGUCCAUCGUCAACGCCAGCAGCAUCGCAGGCUUGCAAGGCCGGCCAAACAACGGCGCGUACACGGCAAGCAAGCAUGCCAUCUUGGGGCUGACCAGGACGGCUGCGAAGGAGGUGGGAUGUAGGAGUAUCAGAGUCAACGCCGUUUGCCCUGGUAGAAUUGAUACGCCCAUGUCGAGAGCAUCAGCAGCAGCUGGGAUACAGGCUGACGCGGCUUUGGGACGAUCGGGCAGGCCCGAGGAGGUAGCGUCGUUGAUUGCCUUUCUCUUGAGUAGCGAGUCUACCUACAUCACAGGAAGUGCCAUCAGUAUCGAUGGCGGUUGGAACUGUUGA